AUGGGCGCGAUGUUGGACCCCUGGAUCGGGCCUAUCCACUUCAACAUGUGGUUGGAAGUGCACGUCCGGAUUCUCGUGGGGUCCGUCUCUGGCGCGUGCAAGCAGUAUGAACAGGGCCGUGGAGACCCGAGGUUCAACUGGGAGACGUUCCCUCAGCUCCCAUGGGGCAUGAUUGAGAACCCCAAGAUGAUCCAGACGGCAGACGGCAAUUGCCACCUUAUCAGCGGCUGGUGGGCGUGCUUGUGCAAACCGGCACGUGCGGCGAAGAUUGCCGAGCUUUACAAGUUCAUCCUUUGCAUCUGUUAA